AUGGCCGGGAACACCGCCUGGCCGUCGCUGCUACUCGUCUGCAGUGUCGCCCACACGUGCCUCUCCAUCACUGGCAACGAAACUCUGCCGGACGGUAUUCAGCGUCUUAGGCGGCUGUCCAACAUGUCGUCCCACAUGGCCCGCAUUCUGAGGGAACGGACAGAGGCUGGAGGCCUUGACAAGCUUCUCGUCGCCAUUACGACUCCCCUGGCCGGUGAUCUCAACUGCUUGGCCAUACUGACCGAUCCGUUGUACCAGGAUGUAUUUACAUAUCCAUUCUUCAAGAAAAUAAGGAGCCUGCCUUAUUACAAGGUGCUGGUCGAAGAGAACGAGGAGUUGUCUGAGUGGGAUUUCAAUGGGGGACCAGUCCUGAACCAGGUAAAACACGAUGGCUGCGACGCCUACAUCAUGCUGGCCGCAAACGGGGAGCAGCUGGCGAAGCUGCUCACGUUUGGAGAAAGGGAGCGGCGGCUGAGCAGCCGCGCACUGCUACUGCUGCUGCACGACGACCGGCUGCUGGCGCGCCCGCUGCUCGGCCUGUGGCGCAAGCUGGUGGACGUGGUGUUCCUGCGGCGCUACGGCGGCGCCCGGCGCGACACUUGGUUCGAGCUGUCGACGGUGCCGUUCCCGGCCACGGCGCGUUUCCCGUUGGUGCUGCGUCGUCUCGACACGUGGAAGCGCGGCCGCCUGCACUCGGGCCGCGACCUGUUUCGCGACAAGGCUGCCAACCUGCGCGGGCAGCCGCUCGUCGCCGCCACCUUCGACAACGUCCCCGCCGCCCUGCACUCCGACGCCGGCUUCACUGGCCUCGAAGUCGAGGUGCUGGGAGCGCUGUCGCAGUCGAUGAACUUCGCGGUGGAGCUGUACGUGCCGGCGGGCUGGCAGGAGGAGAAGUGGGGCACGCAGCGCGCCGACGGCUCCGUCAACGGGCUGCUGGGCCAGCUGCAGCAGGGCCGCGCCGCGCUCGCGCUCGGCAGCUUCCACUACACGCCGCACCACCUGCGCUUCAUAGACCUCAGCGUGCCCUACACCACGCACUGCCUCACCUUCCUCACGCCCGAGAUGCUCACCGACAACUCCUGGAUGACACUCGUGCUGCCCUUCAAGUCGCUGAUGUGGAUGUCGGUGCUGGUGUCGCUGGCGGCUGGCGCGGCUGCGUUGCAGUGGGUAGGCGGCGGCCGCGUGGGCGCGCUCUCCGCCGUGGGCGCGCUGCUGCUGGUGCCGGCGUCGCAGCCGCCAGGGCGGCGCCAAUGGCGCGCCAGGCUGGUGCUGGCCUGCUGGUGGCUGCAGUGCCUGCUCGUCGCUGUCGCCUACCGCGCCAGCCUCACCGCCAUACUCGCCAACCCGGCUCCCAGGGUGACCAUCGACACGAUGGAGCAGCUGGCGGCCAGCGCGAUCGCCGUCGGCGGCUGGAGCGAGCAGCAGCGCGAGUUCUUCGAGACGGCCCUGGACGGCGCGAGCCAGCGCGUGGGCACGCGCUUCCAGCUGGUGCGUGACGCGGAGCACGCCGUCCGCCGGGUGGCCAGCGGGCAGUUCGCGCUCUACGACAACGUGCACGCGCUGCGGCACGCCAGCGUGCGCUACCAGGUCUCGCCCCCUCCCUACUUGUACAGCUUGGCGCUGACGCCGUGGUGUUGGCAGAGCGGGAUGAACGGCUCGCAGCUGGACGGGCAUCGGCUGCACGUGAUGCAGGACUGCGCCGUCCACAUGCCCGUCGCUAUCGGCCUGGAGCGCAACUCGCCCCUCAAACCGCGCAUCGACAGGCAGGUGCGACGGUGCGUGGAGGCGGGGCUGGUUGAGAAGUGGCUGGCCGACACGAUGCAGGCGACUCGCGCCGCCGAGAGCCGGACGUCGCGGCCGGCCAGCACGCGCGCGCUCGUGGGGCUGCGCAAGCUGCUGGGCGCCGGGGUCGCGCUGGCCGCGGGCUGCGCAGUCGCGGCGCUCGCGCUCGCCGCCGAGAGAGCGCUCUGGCGGCGCCGGCCACAAACUCGCCGCCAGCGCUAUCCGCUGGGCAUCUACUACAGCCGUAACAGGCCCAGGAACCGGCCGCAGCCGAACACGCGCUUCGAGGGUCCGUGCUGCGCCGCUCUGCUGCAUCCCGCGCACAGCUGUAACAGAGAGGAGUGCGCCGUCCGCGCCCCGCCGCGCCGCUCCGAGACGCGCACUGUGUUCCAGUUGGAGCGCGCGCACGGUCUGAAGAUGGAGUGA